AUGUCAUCCUCCUCCGCCGCCCACGCGGCCGCGCGCCCCGUCCUCCGCACCUUCACCGCGCUCCUCAAGCUCUGCGCGGCUUGCGCCGACCUCGCCACGGGCCGCGCCGUCCACGCGCAGCUGACCGCGCGGGGGCUCACCUCCGAGUCCCUCGCCGCCACGGCCCUUGCCAACAUGUACUUCAAGUGCCGCCGCCCCGCGGACGCGCGCAGGGUGUUCGACCGCAUGCCCGCCAGGGACCGCGUCGCCUGGAACGCGCUCGUGGCCGGGUACGCGCGGAACGGGCUACCCGCGCUCGCGAUGGAGGCGGUCGUCCGGACGCAGGGGGAGGAGGGAUGGGAGCGGCCCGACUCCGUCACGCUCGUGUCGGUGCUGCCGGCCUGCGCCGACGCCCGGGCACUCCGCUCUUGCCGAGAGGUCCACGCGUUCGCGCUCCGUGCGGGGCUCGAUGAGCUCGUCAAUGUCUCCACGGCGGUCCUUGACACCUACUGCAAGUGCGGUGCGGUCGAGGCGGCGAGGGCGGUCUUCGAUUGGAUGCCGGUCAGGAACUCCGUGUCUUGGAACGCCAUGAUUGAUGGGUAUGCUGAGAACGGGAACGCCACGGAGGCUCUGGCUUUGUUCUGGAGGAUGGUCCAGGAGGGUGUGGAUGUGAUGGAUGCGGCUGUGUUGGCAGCAUUGCAAGCGUGUGGGGAGCUUGGAUGUCUCGACGAGGCGAGGCGUGUCCAUGAGCUACUUGUGAGGGUUGGCUUGAAGUCCAAUGUGUCGGUGAUGAACGCGCUUAUCACCACUUACUCAAAGUGCAAGAGGGCAGACCUUGCUGCCCAGGUGUUCAAUGAGCUGGGCAUAAAAAAGACACGGAUCUCGUGGAAUGCCAUGAUCCUCGGCUUCACGCAGAAUGGAUGCUCCGAGGAUGCAGAGAGGCUCUUCGCUAGGAUGCAGAUGGAAAAUGUGAAACCAGAUUCGUUCACCUUAGUCAGCGUGAUUCCUGCAGUCGCGGACAUUUCUGACCCGCUGCAGGCAAGAUGGAUCCAUGGGUAUUCUAUCAGGCACCAACUAGACCAGGAUAUCUAUGUCCUGACGGCCCUUAUCGACAUGUACUCCAAAUGUGGGCGUGUCACCGUAGCUAGAAGGCUCUUCGAUUCUGCAAGGGACAGGCAUGUUAUCACCUGGAAUGCGAUGAUCCAUGGUUAUGGUUCGCAUGGUUUUGGCCAGGUUGCAGUUGAGCUAUUUGAAGAGAUGAAGGGCACUGGCAGUUUGCCCAACGAGAUAACAUUCCUCUCUGUCCUUGCAGCUUGCAGUCAUGCUGGUUUGGUUGAUGAAGGGCGGAAAUAUUUUGAUAGCAUGAAGGACUAUGGGCUUGAACCUGGAAUGGAGCACUAUGGUACCUUGGUGGAUCUUCUUGGACGAGCUGGGAAGGUAGAUGAAGCUUGGUCUUUCAUCCAAAACAUGCCUAUAGAACCUGGCAUUAGUGUUUACGGUGCAAUGUUAGGUGCUUGCAAGUUGCACAAGAAUGUUGAAUUGGCUGAAGAAUCAGCACAGAGAAUCUUUGAGCUGGGCCCAGAGGAGGGGGUGUACCAUGUCCUCUUGGCAAACAUUUAUGCAAACGCUUCAAUGUGGAAGGACGUUGCGAGGGUGAGGACUGCUAUGGAGAAGAAAGGACUCCAGAAGACUCCUGGAUGGAGUAUUAUCCAGCUCAAAAAUGAGGUCCAUACCUUCUACUCCGGAAGCACAAAUCACCAGCACACAAAGGAAAUAUAUGCAAGGCUGGCUAAGCUCAUUGAAGAGAUCAAAGCUGUGGGAUAUGUGCCAGACACUGAUUCGAUACAUGAUGUGGAAGAUGAUGUCAAGGCACAGCUGCUUAACACCCACAGUGAGAAGCUUGCCAUUGCAUAUGGGCUCAUUCGAACAGCCCCUGGCACGACAAUUCAGAUAAAGAAGAACCUUCGAGUUUGUAAUGACUGUCAUAAUGCAACCAAGUUAAUAUCUCUAGUGACCGUACGGGAAAUAAUCAUGAGAGAUAUUCAACGCUUUCACCAUUUUAAGGAUGUCACUCUCACAAAUCAUGAAUGCUUCUAUGGAGGAGCUGGCUCGAUGACCAGGAAUUGUGAGUGGAAGAUAAAACAACUCUAUGAUACCUUCCAUGAGCCAUUCAAACGGGCUUCUGCCUGCCCAAACCUUGUAGUACCGGAUACCCCAGACCCCGAGAGAAAGCAAAAGGUUAACCUUCAUCUACAGAUGGCAGUUUGUAAGAAAAGCCAGACGCGGCAAAGAAGAAAGGUUCUAACGUAA